ACUCGUAUUAAUUUUUGAAAAUUUUACCCAAUUAUUCAAUUCUUUAGUCACUAAAGCAGCCGUCGAAAUGGAUAAGCAAUUUUCGCUUGACUUGGUAUUGAGAAAACUAGAUGAUUUCAAAGAGAAAAGUUGUAAACACUGGCUUACAAUUUACACGAUUUUGGGUGAUUUGCUGCGACAAAGUGCACAGAAGAAGAGAAUGAUUCUAUUGGAUCGCUUACAUGUAGAAGUUUCAAACCUUAGGAAAUUUUCUACCAAAAAUGAAGGAGAGGUACCCCAUGAUCAGCAGUGCCUUCAAGAGUUUGCAAGACUCAUGAGUGAGAUGUUUGCUAGUAACAUAUUAUGUCCAAAAAUGAACCAGAGAAUUAUUAAAAUCAUUCAAUCUGUUUAUGCUAUCUGUCCUGAUGUUACCAAGGAGGAAAUCACAAAACAAAUUGAUGCCAUUCUUUCUAGUGAGUCGGAAGACAACUCCACACAAACUCUGCAAAAUGUUAUAAUCAUUGUUGAAAGUUGGAGCCUGGGAAGACAGUGUAUAGAAGAAAAGUUUGAAAAGGUUUUAGAAAUUACUGCAGAAUGGUGUGAUAAAAUAAUCGACAAGUUAGAGGAGUCUAGAAAAACAAACAUAGUAAAUUACCAAGAUACUCUAUUAUUAGUUAUUAAGGCAGUCCUUCAGAUGUUUCAGCACUUUUCUUCAAAAUUCAGACAACUUUCCCAGAGUGAAGUCAGUCAAGCCAAACAAGAACUGAAAACAUUAAUAUCACUAUUAGUUUGUGUUCUGUUUUCUAAGAUUUUGGUAAAAGAGUGUCUUCUUCUGGCUGGAACAGCACUAAGUCUUUUACUAAACAGCGAGACUGAUGAAUCACAAGUUAUAAACACAAUCAUUCAGCUGUUAGACCACACUGAAGACAAGAAAUCUCCUUCAGCAGAGAGUGUCAUUACAAUUUGUAACCUUGAAACCAAUCUACCAGUGGCUGGAUAUUCACCACUGACUCGAAUCACAAUAUUACACGCUUUCAUUACGACAAGUAGAAAGGAAAUCCUCUUGCAUGAUGCCAUAAAUGGGAGGCCCUUUCUCGUCAGUAUUCUGUUUGGCAAGGUACACAAGAUAUGUAAAGAAGAGAUAAACCCUGUCAUCCAUUACCUCGCCUAUGAAGUCAUCAAGAGUUUAAUGCACCGUAUAAAGCAGCUCCUUGAAGAUAUCUGUCAAAAGGAUUCACAAAGGCUGUUUGGCUGUGAUUCCAUCUUUACCAGUCAAAUCCUGGAGCAUGUUUGGGACAGCCUGGAAGAUCCGGUAGAGGGAGUAUCUAUAGCAGGGAGAGGCAUAUUUGGAUUAUUCCUCGACGUACACGAUGGAGAACAUUACAUCCUUAAAGACGAGGAAACGUUUAGAGCACAGUUUUAUGAGUCUAUUGUAGACAAAGUUCUUGCAGUGCCAUGGCAAGUAAAGACAAGAUAUGGACUGAUCUGUGAACUCCUUCCUCACGUCACGCUGGAACAGGUAUUCAACAAGAGACCAUCUUUACUUGAAGAAAUGGCAUACUGCUUGAAGUCGAACCAGCUCUCUUCUGCUUCCACAGAGGCCUUUAAAACUUUGCUGCUUCACAAACGGACUGGUAAAAUCGACUCGUGUGGCAGUCAAGUUGACAAACCCUUCAAUCUCCAAUGGAAAAAUAUUCUUUUGAAAUCUCUCACAAGUGAAAACCCCUUGCUUGCCCAACACACUCGCCAGUAUUGGCUGCCUUGUGUCCUUAAGAAUGUCCCGGAUGCACUAGACCAGAUGUUAAGAGAUCUCCAUAGCAACGGUGGCCACCAGUCACGUGUCGUUUCUGCUCACUUGGCUAUCCUCAAAGCCGCUCGCUCGUUGGGUGUCAUGGAGUCAAAGCAGCUGGAUGAAGAACUGCUGACAUCAGCACUAGAAGAUGCUGAGGACACUAUACGUCUGGACGCACUUGGUGUGUUAAGCUGUAGCUCAAAAACCUCAGAGUCAUUAUCAGAGAUCGAGCUUGGCUUGUUGCGCAACUUUCUUUGUCACAAUCUGAACAUCGCUUGUCCAUCAUUCCGACAAGAUCUUUUUGUGGCCAUGAGAAAAAUUCUGUCUAGAAUUCGCGACAGCUGUCUGAGUGAGUUAAAGAGGUGUUAUCCGAAAAUAUUCAAGAAUCAUUCACUUGGAGUAAAUGAGCUUCAGGCUUUGUCUGUUCAAUCAGAUCUCGUCCAUGCUUUAGAAUUCGUCGAAUGGACGAUGACGUUCAUGGUUAACUCGCUUUUGCCCGGAGCCAAUUAUCAACGACAAAAGACAGCACUAGAGCUGAUAUCUAUAAUAUUCGAUACGUUUGCGGUGAAGGGAAAUCCUGACAAGAGAAAAGGACAAGCACCAGAAAGCACUAUCGUUCUGAUGAAGUUUUCAGAGGCGAAAGGUUUAUGGAGUUUUUAUUCGCCCAGGAAUAUCCACGUGUUGCUUGGAUGCUUGCAGAGUUCCCAUUCUGAUAUUCGUGAGUUAUCAUUGAACAUCCUUCGUCAUCACUUCUCUGGUCCUCUCACUGGACUGGACAAGUCUAAAGGAGACUCCCAGUUCGCUGUUGAUCUAAUGAAUGAAGCAUCACAGCUAAUCUGUAGUCCCAAGGCUCAAGAAAGUGAAAGUGGUGCAGUUAUCUGUCAACUCUUAUUUGAAAGAUACGUGGUUCUUCUGGACUGGGAAGUCAAAGACAUUUUCAGUGACCCAUCUGCACAAAGUCAAAGGGAUGCUGAUUCAAAAGAGCGUGGAAACCACUGCGUGCAGUUUCUGAGCGAAUUGUUGGCGGAGGCAGAACGUCAAUUAAGUUCUGCGAAAGACAAUAUAGCUGUUGCAGCUGAAAAAUAUCCUAUUCACGGCAUCCUCCUCACCUUAUGUCGCUGCAUAUCAUCCUAUCUGGACACCAUCACUUGUCCUCAAAUAUCUCAACCAACGUUCCAGUCAUUCAAAACCAUUUUACAGCGUACCGUACAGGUUACUAUCGAAGUCAUUGACUUCUUGUUGGGUGUACUAUCAAGGAAGCAAGACUCUGAAAACGUGGUUUGUGGCGCGUCGUUUGCUGGUUUAGGCGAAGCAGUUGAAGAUGCGAUAUCUGUGAAUUCUUUGACAGACGAUACAACAUUAUCACAGCAACACCAAAAGGAAUUCAUCAUGUCUUGCUGUUUUCUUAGCAUUAAGUUUGGGUGUCAACUCCUUUCAAAUAUUGUCGAGAAAGUCUCAAGUUCUGGUUCUGAGGACAGUCGUUUUGCGUCAUUAUUGCCAAGCUCAGAUUUAACGGCGAUAGGGGAAAUAUUCAUCAAAAUAUUUACGCAUUGCAGGCUCACGGGUAUUUUACUCAGCUGCAAGGUCAGCCUGACCAUCGUCAGUAGACGCCUCAGUGAGUCUUCCAUCGAGUGCGUAUAUUCGUUACCAAGGCAAUGGAUAAGGAACGUCAUCGACUCUAUUUCUGGCCAGGGUGCCGCUUCAUCGGUAACUAGGAGAAGUGCUGGGCUACCUGUGUUAGUGGUUAACAUACUAGCCAGUGAAUCUCCGAACAAACGACAGCAAAGUGUCAAGUAUUGUCUGGAUAAACUACUGAACGUGGCCUUCAAACCGAUUCCCGAGGUUGUCGACCAGACCACAGACUUACCACAGGUACAUGCCAUGAAUAUUCUUCGUUUGCUGUACCAAGACACAGCAUUGGGGAACGAUGUUUUGUGCUACACUGAACAAGGUCUGGUACUGGCUGUACAAGGAUUUGCUUCACCUUUAUGGUCUAUACGCAAUGCUGCAACACAACUCUUUGGUUCAUUAGUUCUUCGUGUUCUUGGUCACAAGCGAGGACUCCAAGAUGAGAAUCAGUUCAAUUCCAUUAGCGCCAGAGACUUCUUCAAGCGAUUCUCAUCCCUUCGUUCCUUCUUCCUCGAACAACUUCGUUCUUUUUCUUCCGAUACCAACACCCAACCGAUGUCAACCCCAUGCACCGCGGUUCUUAAACCAGAACUCUUCCCCAUUCUUACUUUGUUUUCCAAGCUACGACCAGCAACGAGUGACAUCGAAGAAAGCUUACUUUCUGAUUUCAUACCCUUCUUAACCCCACUGUCCUCGAGCCCAGUCUAUGCUGUGCGAAGUUUGGCCGCUCAGGCCCUGGUACCAUUCAUUCCGAUCGAAGGGUUUGUGAGAAAAGCUGUUGAGCUACUCACCACUAUACCAAGCUCUCCGCAAUCUGUGUCCCAGAAUACUUUACAUGGAACUCUUCUCCAGGUCCACCAUCUCGUCGACGCCAUGGCUACAAACUCCCACGUUACCAUAGAGACGGGUUUGGUUUUGAAAGAGCUGCAGAACAGAUUAUGGCUUGGAACAGAUUUGAAUCCUUGCGCAUUGACCAAGGCUGAGUACUUGAAUAUUCUGAUGGAGCUGGCUCCAAUGGCUUCUAAAAAAGCUGAUGAUGACCUGAGGUCCUUGAUCGAACACGUGACAUUGAAGACAAAUUAUAACUAUCCUGUCCAAGUGGGACUGCCCUACUUACACCGUGCUCUCUCUGCUUCUGCGCUGGAUCUUGUAACCAGCGAGUUCUGGUCUGAAGGUUCAGAAGAUUCUAAUUACAGCAGUGUCAUCAAAACAUGUCUUCACAGCAAAGAACGCGAGACGAGAAUCGCCUCACUUGGACACCUUCACCAUGUGCUCCAGAAUAAAACACGUUUGACUCGACACGAUUUGGAUGAAGUAUUGACGUCACUCAUCACCAUGGAAACUGACCAGCAAUGCUUGCUACUUGCACUAGAUUGCUUUAACGAUGUUUGCACUCGGUCUGACGAAAUUAUGCUUAAAGGCUGUGAACAACUCUGGGUCUCUUUGCUUUCCUUUACGCGUGGAUCACGUGGUUCUAGUGUCCAGUCCAAAGCAAUCACUGCUUUGAGUAUUUUAGUUUAUUUCGUUUUCAAAAACUUGGUCGACCAAUCGCAGAUGGCCUCAAUGGCAACUGAUUGGUCAAAAGCAAUAAGUGAGUGUAGCAUGCCGGGUAAACCUGAACCCGUGAGGAAUGGAGCUGCGCGGGGCCUGGGGAUAGCAGGUGAAGAGGUUCUUCAUUUUGCCGAGAAACGUCAGGGAAAAGAAUAUCAAAAUUUGGAUAAAAUAAUGGAGACAGCAGUAAGAAUUUUCAAGACAGGCAUCAUGCUACUCGAGGACGAGCAAGAUGACGUAAGAAUUGCAGCCUCUCAUUUUGGCGCCAAAAUUCGCCAUCGUCAUGGUAACGUCAAUGACAUUAGCAGCAUCACAUGUUCGGUUGCCAUUACUUCGAUAUUUGAGUAUAUGUCACGUGUUUUCUGGUGGUCGCCACCGGUCUGGGUUACUAUGGUUACUAUUUUACAUGGUCGUUGUUCAGUGAUGGAAUUGCUAACUGAAUAUACUAAAUCCAGGCACAUACUUUUUGAGCAAGAGGAUUGUAAUCUUUACGCAGAGCCAUUCAUCACUGCACAACUCUCUUGUAGACAUCUCAAGCUCAUCGCAGACCAAAUUUCAUCCUCUAAGGAUGAACAAACAAGGGAAAUCAAGAAACAAUAUCAAGAGUGGCUUCAAAGUGAAGCACAAAGACUUCUAUCUGACAUAAAAACAUUGAAAAACUCAGGUAUUAAAGAUACUGGUUCACUACAAAGCCCUAAAAUGUUCACCUUACGCUAUCGCCUCGUUAUGAUGGGUGACGUCAUUGCCCACGUGAUCUCGUCGCUAGGAAACUCAUCACUUCCUAUCAACGACAGCUUGAAACAAGAAAUAAAGACUUUGUUAUCCGAUGUUGGCAAGAACUCUGUUGGUUCUCAUCCCAUCCUACACGAAUCUACAUUCAGCUGAAAUUAUGAAAACAACUACCUAAAGAAAUAGGCAAGGAAGAUCGUAAAAAUAAACUAUCAAGAGUCCUUUUUUUAAGAAUACAUAUUUUAUGAAA